AUGACCAUGUGGGAUGUACUGAUAGAAGUGCCCUUUGCAAAGAUCUGCUGGUCAGGAAGAUGCAGGAGAAGCAGUAAACCCGGGGGAGCAGGUGAGGUUCUAGAAAGUUCUGCACAGUUUCUUAGUCGGACACACGAAGAACUGCGGCUUGGGGACUUCAUUUCGCUGGUGCAUUUAGAUUCGAGCACAUGGCCCCAGGAUCAGGUCUCCAACCCUGCGAGGCUGCCAGGCUCCCAGCAUAACCUGCACCUCCAGGGAAGACAAAGCUUCUCUGCUCAGACUAAUGAAAAACUCCUCAAAGGGAAACGUUUUGCUGAUGUGAAGCAAAAAACAGUAGAAGCACAAAAAGCCUCUAAGUGCCUCGUCCUGGCCACCAUCAUCUGCCUGACCGUCUCUCACCCGCGCCCUCCCAUCAUGCUGCCCUUUUUUCUGCUGUUUGGUCCUGUCAAGCUCUCUUCUUCCCCGGGGGCUGCUGUGCUUGCUGCUCCUCUCCCAGCCUUUUCCCGGGGCUUCUCGAGGACUCAGUGCAAAAGUUACGAUGAUACUAAUGAAGUUUUAAAGACACACUUUCGCAAAGUCUUUGGUUGUAUGCCUGGUGGAAUCACCCUCUGCUCUAACACAGGAAAAGCUCAAGGAAGAAUUCAAGUCUCAGGAGUGCUGGUGGCAGAGAGGGCUGCCGACCCUGAGGUCAAUCUGCUGUUCUACAUUAGGAAAGUCCUUCGUCUCACAGGCACCAAAUAUGCCUGUGGAGGAGGCGGCUGUGGCGCCUGCACGGUGAUGGUGUCAAGAUACGACCCCAAGACCAAAAGCAUCCACCACUAUCCUGUGACCGCAUGCCUGGUGCCCAUCUGCUCUCUGCAUGGGGCUGCCGUCACCACCGUGGAAGGUGUCGGGAGCAUCAAGACCAGGGUUCACCCCGUACAGGAAAGACUCGCCAAGUGCCACGGCACGCAGUGUGGCUUCUGCAGCCCAGGGAUGGUGAUGUCCCUCUACACACUGCUGAGGAACCACCCGGAGCCCACUCCUGAGCAGAUCAUGGAAUCUCUUGGAGGUAACUUGUGCCGCUGCACCGGGUAUCGACCAAUUGUAGAAAGUGGAAAAACUUUCUGUAAGGAAUCGACCGUUUGUCAAAUGAAAGGAUCCGGGCAAUGUUGCAUGGAUCAAGAAGAAAGAACUUUUGGGAACAGUCAUGAAAAAAUGUGCACCAAGCUGUAUGAUAAAGACGAGUUCCAGCCCUUGGAUCCAUCCCAGGAGCCUAUAUUCCCCCCUGAACUGAUAAGAAUGGCAGAAGAUUCAAACAAGAGAAGGCUGACAUUCCAAGGCAGGAGGACUACCUGGAUCACCCCUGUGACCCUGAGUGACCUUCUGGAGCUGAAAGCCAAUUUCCCCAAGGCCCCGCUUGUCAUGGGGAACACUGUGGUGGGACCCAGCAUCAAAUUCAAAGAUGAAUUCCAUCCAGUUUUCAUAUCUCCACUUGGGCUUCCAGAACUACAUUUUAUAAACACCACAAGUGAUGGUGUGACAGUAGGUGCAGGAUACAGCCUGGCCCAGUUGAGCGACGCUUUGCACUUUGUCGUCUCGGAUCACCCAGAGGAGAAGACUAAGACCUAUCAAGCUCUCUUGAAGCACCUGAGGACACUUGCAGGAGCCCAGAUCAGGAACUUGGCUUCUUUAGGAGGGCAUGUGGUGAGCCGGCCUAAUUUUUCUGACCUAAACCCCAUUUUAGCAGCAGGAAAUGCUACUAUCAAUCUGAUAUCUAAAGAAGGACAGCGGCAGAUUCCUCUGAAUGGCCCUUUCCUUGAGGAAUCUCCUGAGGCCAACCUGAAACCUGAAGAGAUUGUGCUGUCUGUUAAUAUUCCCUACUCUACUCAGUGGCACUUUGUGUCAGGACUGAGGCUGGCCCAGCGUCAGGAGAACGCCUUUGCCAUCGUCAAUGCUGGGAUGAGUGUGACAUUCAAAGACGGCACCAACACAAUCAAGGAGCUUCAAAUGUUCUAUGGGAGUGUUGGCCCAACGGUUGUCUCUGCAAGCCAGACCUGCAAGCAGCUCAUUGGGCGGCAGUGGGAUGACCACAUGCUGAGUGACGCCUGCCGGUUGGUCCUGGAUGAGAUUCGCAUCCCCCCUACGGCUGAGGGUGGCAUGGUGGAAUACAGGCGUGCCCUCCUCAUCAGUCUUCUCUUCAAAUUCUACCUCAAAGUGAGACGAGGACUGAAUAAGAUGGAUCCCCAGAAGUUUCCUGAUAUCCCAGAAAAGUUUCUGAGUGCUCUAGAAGAUUUCCCCAUAGAAGCACCCCAAGGACUGCAGAUGUUCCAGUGUGUGGACCCCUACCAACCCCCGCAAGAUCCCGUUGGACACCCUGUCAUGCACCAGUCGGCCAUUAAACACUCCACAGGGGAAGCUGUAUAUAUUGAUGACAUACCCCCCAUUGACCAAGAACUCUUCCUGGCUGUAGUCACCAGCACUAGAGCUCAUGCGAAGAUCAUAUCAAUUGAUAUUUCAGAAGCCCUGGCGCUGCCAGGUGUGGUUGAUGUGAUAACAGCAGAGGAUGUGCCGGGAGACAAUAACCAUCAGGGAGAGAUUCUCUAUGCCCAGAAUGAGGUGAUUUGCGUGGGUCAGAUAGUCUGCACCGUGGCCGCUGAUACCUACGCUCAUGCAAAAGAGGCAGCAAAAAAAGUGAAGAUCGCCUACGAAGAUAUCGAGCCACGGAUUAUCACAAUAGAGCAAGCCCUAGAGCACAAUUCUUUUCUUUCUGAUGAGAAAAAAAUUGAGCAAGGAAAUGUCGAGCGAGCCUUGAAAUUUGUUGACCAAAUCAUUGAAGGUGAGGUCCAUGUGGAAGGACAGGAACAUUUUUACAUGGAAACACAAACGAUCCUGGCCAUCCCAAAAGAAGAAGAUAAAGAAAUGGUGUUACACCUUGGAACACAGUUUCCAACCCAUGUGCAGGAGUAUGUGGCUGUAGCACUGAAUGUCCCAAGGAGCAGAAUUGCCUGCCACAUGAGAAGAGCCGGGGGAGCAUUUGGGGGGAAGGUGACCAAGCCCGCUCUGCUCGGAGCUGUCAGUGCCGUGGCUGCCCACAAGACGGGCCACCCGAUCCGCUUCAUCCUGGAACGCGGUGAUGACAUGCUGAUAACUGCUGGUCGUCACCCACUCCUCGCAAAGUACAAGAUUGGGUUCAUGAACAACGGUGUGAUCAAAACAGCUGAUGUUGAAUAUUAUGUCAAUGGUGGGUGCACUCCCGAUGAGUCAGAGAUGGUGGUGGAGUUUCUCGUGCUGAAAUCUGAAAAUGCAUACUGUAUUCCUAAUUUCCGGUGCCGGGGUCGACCUUGCAAAACAAAUCUGCCAUCCAACACUGCCUUUCGAGGAUUCGGGUUCCCACAGGCUACAUUGGUUGUCGAGGCCUACAUCACUGCCGUGGCAACACAGUGUAACUUACUCCCUGAAGAGGUUAAAGAAAUAAACAUGUACAAGAGAAUUAGCAAAACAGCAUUCAAGCAGACAUUUAAUCCAGAGCCCUUGCGAAGAUGCUGGAAGGAAUGUCUGGAGAAAUCUUCCUUCUAUGCUAGGAAACUGGCCGCAGAGGAAUUUAACAAAAAUAAUUACUGGAAGAAGAGGGGGCUUGCUGUAGUCCCCAUGAAAUUUUCCAUUGGGAUACCCGAGGCCUACUACAACCAGGCGGCCGCUCUUGUCCACAUCUACCUGGAUGGCUCUGUCUUAGUAACCCAUGGUGGGUGUGAGCUGGGACAAGGUCUGUACACCAAGAUGAUUCAGGUAGCCAGUCGGGAACUUGGCAUACCUGCGUCGUACAUCCACCAGUCCGAAACAAGCACAGUUACAGUGCCCAAUGCUGUCUUCACAGCGGGGUCCAUGGGGGCGGACAUCAACGGGAAGGCCGUGCAGAAUGCCUGCCAGAUUCUCAUGGCCCGUCUGCAUCCCAUCAUCAGAAAAAACCCUGAAGCAACAUGGGAGGAGUGGGUUGCAAAAGCCUUUGAAGAAGGCAUCAGUCUCUCAGCCACUGGAUAUUUCAAGGGCUACCAGACCCACAUGGACUGGGAGAAGGAGGAGGGCAAUGCUUACCCAUACUACGUGUACGGAGUGUCCUGUUCCGAGGUUGAAGUCGACUGCCUGACCGGGGCACAUAAGCUUCUUAGGACUGACAUCUUCAUGGACGCUGCAUUCAGCAUAAACCCAGCCCUGGAUGUUGGACAGUGUUUCUGACUGUGGAUCGAGGGAGCAUUUAUCCAAGGCAUGGGAUUAUACACCAUAGAAGAACUGAAAUACUCCCCAGAAGGUGUGCUUUAUUCUCGGAGUCCAGAUGACUACAAAAUCCCCACAGUCACCGAGGUCCCAGAAGAGUUCUACGUCACUCUGGUGCGUUCCCGCAAUCCUAUCGCCAUCUACUCAUCCAAGGGACUGGGCGAGGCUGGAAUGCUCCUGGGGUCCUCCGUGUUCUUUGCCAUAUAUGAUGCGGUGGCUGCUGCCCGCAGGGAGAGGGGAAUGGCCAAGACCUUCAUCCUGAGCAGCCCUGCAACUCCUGAGGUGAUCAGGAUGAUGUGUGUGGAUCAGUUCACCGACAUGAUUCCCAGAGAUGACCCUUCAACAUUUACACCUUGGUCCAUCCGUGUGUCUUAA